AUGAUGAGCAUCGACGACUAUGAUUAUGUGCUAUCGUCAGCGUCUCGGUCGAGUGCCACCUGUGUGCAAAACGCCACCGUCAAGCUGCGUCGUGUGUUUCAAUCACUUGUCACGUAUUCUGUAUUCUCCUCUUCCAUACCCCGACGGGAGAGUCUCUGGACGCGGAGCUGCUGGCUAAGGCGGCGAAGGAGCGGGGAGGGACUGGUCUGGAGCGAAGGGGAUAACGUUGACGAGAGGGGGACGAGGCUCCUUCAUACAACAUCCACCACAGAACAAGUCGCCCUGCUAUCCCUUCAUAUGCGCAAGACCACUCCCUCCCUCACCUUCGACAUAUCGAUCGCCGACGCCAUCCCCUGGUCAUCUCGGCGGACCUUGAGCAUGUUGCCGCCCAAGCGAAAGGGGUCCCUGCCUACCGACUUUCUUCCCUUCCUCGCUCUGGGUCUUGUCUCCAGGCGCUCCCUUCUUCGACCCUCUUCCGGGCUAUUUUUCUUCUCUCUGAUGGAUGCCCUACUUGACUGUAUCGACAAGGGCGAGGAUCGCACUGCCUCCCUCUCCUGCCUCGCCAACCAACCAAGACUAAUCCCCAGCAGCCAGCUCUCCCUUCCUGGACUCUCGCCACUUGCACUGGCUGAAAAAGACAUGGCCAGCCAAGACGUGGACCGUGUCUUGUGUCGAGUGCUUCUCAUCCGUGUACGGUCGUAUGACGGUCUUGCUCGUGGUACCAGAGUGACUCCAGACAUCGGAAAGGUCGUUACUUUUGGGGAGCAGGGACUGGGAAAGUGGGAAGGGUCGGCCAGGGGCGAGCGACGAGGGGAGAGGGACGAUGUCCGUCGUUAA